AUGGGAGACGAGCCUGUUACGAAGCAAGAUCUUGCUAGUUUCAAGGAUUUCGUUGUUAGUCAGCUCGCCCUUCACAAAUCAGUUAUUUCGUCCGAGGUACAGAAAUCGCAAGAGGUCGCCUCAGCUGCCCUUUCUGCUUCUAAUUCUUUGAAGGAACAGUCGGAGAUCAAGUUUAAUCACACCGGCAACGAACGUAAUUUCAAAUUUAACGGUCAAGUGUUAGCCAAGCUUGUUUCACUUAAGGAUUGUUUGGCCGAUCUACCUCCCGAGUCUGAGGCGUUUUCAAUUCUUGACGAAACCGUACAACUAUUACAGGAACGUAACCGCAAGAUACGGAUCGCGGAUUCGUCCGAGGCCGGUUGGUUGACCGUUAAACACUACGAAUCUAAUCCCGUCUCGUUGAGCGAGGACGACGACAAGAAAAUUCGCGCUGCAGAGAGGCAGGCUCUGAGAGAUCAAGCUCGACAAAGAAAGAAGCGUAAUGUUGAGGGAUUUGCGGUCCGAAAUCGUCAACCUCAACCUUUCUUCUCCCCU